AUGGUGGACGAAGAAGAUUUUCUAGCAGACCUUGAGAAUGAUUUUGAGUUGAGUGGAGAAGAAGAAAACGAAGAGGACGAAGAUAUCCAAGAAGUUGAUAAGGCAGUAAGUAAUGUUGAUGAUGAUCAAGACAUAAAGGAUAAUGAGGAAAGCAAUAUUAAUAUUGACUCUAGUACAAAUGAUGGCGCCAAUGCUGCCGAUCAGGCAUUAGUAACAAGGAUGAAAGAGUUGGUAAACAAUGAAAGAAACUUGUCAACUGAGGAUAUGAUACAAAGAUUGGAUAUGAAAUCCAUCAAAUCCAUCAAAACGAUAACGAAAUUGUUGCUGUUAUUAGACCCAGUAUUGCAGAGAAUUGAUACAUUAGAGAAAAAUCAAGUUGAUUUUACUAAUAAUCACUAUCUGACAACCGAUGCUCAUUAUGAUUUUUUGGUUACUUCAAAUGAAUUUGUGUCAGAAAUCGGUAACGAAAUCUCAUUGAUCCAUAGCUUUAUCAAAUCCCAAUACUCACCUCAAUUUAGUGAGCUUGAAACGAUAGUAGUUGAUCCCGUGGAAUAUUGUCAAACCCUAUUGAUUAUAGGCAAUGACCUUGGUAACGCUCCUUCUAAAUCUUCUGAGCUUAAAAAAAUCAUUACCGGGGAAAAAAUUCUCGUGAUUAACAUGUCCAUUCUAGAGUUAAAAAUAUCUAACCUACCUCAAAUGAUCAUGAAUUCUAUAAUUGAUGCAUGUAAUAUCGUCAUAAAGUUAGAUGCUGCUCGGAUAAAGAUUACGAAAUUUAUUUCCGAAAAAUUGUCGACAUAUGCUCCCAAUUUAUCAAGGAUUAUUGGGUCAUACUGUGCAGUCCAAUUGAUGAGUUACUGUGGUGGGCUAGAUAAACUUGCUUACACCCCAUCAUGUAAUAUUCCUUCUAUUGGAACUAAGAAACCAGUGAAGAUUGGCUUUGGGCAGGUUGGGAUUAGGCAAAAAGGGUUCCUAUAUAGUUCACUGAUCAUUUCUGAAGUUCCUGAGAACUUUCAAAGGCAAGCCAUGAGAAUUGUUUCUGGGAAGCUUUUGCUUGCUGCUAGGAUGGAUUUAGCCGGAUCCAACUCUGACGGACUGUUCGGUAUCAAGACGUUGGAAGAGAUUCAAAAAAAGCUAGAGAAGCUAAUGGCACCACCAGAUAAUGUUGGACCUAAAGCCUUACCGAUCCCCAUAGAUAAAACUUCCAAAAAACGUGGCGGGAGAAGAUUUAGGAAAAUGAAAGAGAAAUACCAAAUGACAGAUUUACAGAAGGCGCAGAACAGAAUGGUGUUUGGCAAGGAAGAGGAUACUGUAAUGACUGAAUUUGGAGACGAAAUUGGAUUGGGAAUGGCUGGCAGAAAUUCAAUGUUGGGUACUGGUAACAUUAGAGCUGUUGGAAAUACCAAAAUCAAGCAUAGUUUGAGUAAGAAGAUGAAUAAUAGACUAAAAGGUGCUGAUUCCGAUGUAUUGACUAUUGGCAGCUUGGGUCAUCACUAUGGCAGUAAACAUCUAACUAAUGUCGAUGAUCUCGUUAAUAGUUUGAAACGCAAAGCUGAUGAGCCAGUGGGUAAUGAGAAGAAGCGUCUACAUAACUAG